CCCGGACCGCUGGAAAUUUAGACACAUGAUGGAUGACGGGAGUGGUACGGGCCAUACAGGGCCUGGCACAACGUGUUGGACUGGCAGCGCUUCUCCAUAUGUAUGAAGUCAUUCAGAACAGGAUCUGCCAACUCGACCAGCCAACCGAUACCCAUUCUUCCCCCGCCUCCUGCUCCGAUGAGUCAAGGGCCGUCCCGCGCAAGGCGGCAAUUAGCCGCUCGGCUUGCGGCUCAGAAGCAGCAGGCUAAUGACGGCUCGGAAGGGGCCGAAGACAGGAACCUGGGGAGCGAACAUGAGACCUCUGAGUCCCAGUGGCCGACCAAUCCCUUUGUGAUUGCAGGUCUCGACGAAGACACAGAAGGCAACCACUCUCCAGCAGAUGCCGCUUUCCCAUCCAACGAUUUCCCUCCGACGGGUGACAAAGACGAGCCGUUUUCCUCGCCCACCUUCCCGGAGUCUGGCUUUAGCCCUCCCGACUCGUUCUCCACUGGUUCCUCCGAUGAUGAUGGAGAAGGUCGAACUGAGGGCAUGCGGCGCAAGGAACGGGUUCCACUGGAAGUGGAGGACGACGACGACAUGGGAGAGAUGGUGGGGCCGUCUGCUGACCCUCGAAUGAUGGACUCGGACGAAGAAGAUGAGGCCAUCAUGAAUGAAUCGCUCGGCUAUCCCGACUUAGGACCGGGGCGCUACAUGGACUUUGCUCGAUCACGCAUGGGGGUCUCUCCAUUCGGCGAGGAUAACGACAACGACAGCAGCGACGGUGAGGAUGACGGGCUAGUCGAGAUUUUAGUGCCGGGUAGGAAGUCUUCAACAUCUUCUAUGCACUGAUCAUUGAUCUUUGUUUGCUCUUUUGAUAUCCUAUGCAUCUUCACUUUCUAUCUUUCGCGGAUUCCCUUUUCCUGUUAUUGUGGAUCUUAGGUUACUACGUCUUGGGUGGUGCUUUGA